AUGCGCGCACUAUCAGACGAGUAUCUGAACGAGUGGAAUUUUUCCUGGCGCAGUAUCUGGAGUUAUAGAAUGGCGCCCAUACACUUUGUGUCGCUCAUUUCUCGUGACGAUAAGCCGCUUUAUAUCCAGCUGUUUGAUGCAGAUAUGGAGACGGCAGACCCACUAAAGAAAACUGAAAAUGCAAACAAGUUCCUCAAGUACAACUUCCUUUCGCAUAUGGCUGUGGAUGUGUUCGCCUCUCCUGUUUCUCUUAACUUGCGCGAGCAACAGCAGAGUGACGGGGUCCUUCUUUUGUUCAUUCAAGAUGAUGUCACAGUUUACGGGUUAGAGACAAACAAUGGCUUGAAGAUUGUCGUAGGUACAAGUGGAGACGAUGCGCCUUCUGCUGCAUUGAAAACGCUCUUUUCCAAUCUCCACAAAAGCUACCUCAAGGCAAUCUGCAACCCAUUUGCUGACUUGGAGGGGCAGAACUCAGAAAAGGCACUACAAUCUGCUCGUUUUGACCGGAACAUAGCACAGAUCGUGGAAGAAUGGAAUAAAUAA